AGUGCUAAUUACUUCGUUUCUUGCAGCAGUUCUUUGCAUUUCUCUUUUUCGGCUUUAAAGGUUAUCUAAAAUCAUUUUUCUUGAUUUUCAAUUCAAAGUCCCCAGUGUUAUUUGCAGCUUUGGCACAGUAUUUUAGUUUUAAAAAUUACUUUGAUUGCUCACUUAAUUCAGGCUUAUGUUGUUAGCUGUAACCAGGAACUGCCUAAAAAGUCACAUGUAUGGAGCAUGGUUUUUAUUGCAUAGAGAAUGAUGUACAUAGUUUGAUUAAAGAUGCUUGCUGUAGAAUUAAUGAGAUGAUGCAGAAUUUCCAUUUCUUUCUAUUUUGAAUCAGAGGAUUGACUAAGAGGAAUUCAACUGCAGGGAAGAGUAGAUUCAAUUUUGUUUGGCUUGCGUGAUCCGAGUUUAGAAAUUUGAGUAUGGUAGGACUUGAGAUCAUACCAAUAGGCACAAUUUUGGCAGUGCUAACCAACCAGGUCUUGAAAACGGCUCAUGCAGCGGCCGAUGUUCUUAUAGGCAAAGAAAGUUUCAAGAUCCUCUCAAAACACCUCUUUGAUAUUGAGCCUGUUCUGAAAGAACUACAGCUUCAAGAGCUCAAUGAAUCUCAAGCUGCAAGGGCUGCUUUGGAAUCACUAGAGUCAGAUGUCAAAAGGGCUAACAAUUUGGUCGAAAAGUACAGGAACCGUGGCAGAUUCUAUCUUCUGGUUAAGUGCAGAUACAUAGUUGGGGAGGUUGAGCAAGUCACAAGAGAUAUUGGCAAGUCUCUGGCUGCACUUUCGCUUGCGAAUACUGAAGUCCUAACAAGAAUCUCUGAUCAGGUUGAUAGGCUGCAGAAUGAGAUGCAAAGAGUGGAGUUUGAGGCUUCGCGGUCGCAGCUUCAGAUUGUUGAGAAGUUGGAUUAUGCACUUAGAGAACAGAAACUCGAUCAGGCUUUCGCAAAUGACAUGCUUGAGGAAAUAGCAAGAGCCGUUGGCGUGCCUGUGGAGCCUUCAGAGAUAAGCAAAGAAUUAGCCAGCAUUAGGAAGGAGAAAGAAGAAGCUGCAAGCCGGAAAGAGCGAGCCGAGUACAUUUUCUUGGAGCAGAUCAUUGAGUUACUCUCUAGAGCUGAUGCAGCAAGGGACUAUGAAGGAGUGAAGAAACAAUACUUUGAAAGAGUUCAAGUCAUAGAAAGGUAUGAUUCAAGGGAAAGAUAUAUCUUACCACUCAAUCCUUUCCUCUGCUCGAUAACCGGCGUGGUUAUGGUUGAUCCUGUUAGCCUUUGUACUGGUACUACAUGUGAGAGAUCUGCCAUUGAAGAUUGGUUUCACAAUGGGAACCGAACAGAUCCAGAAACAAACGAGGUUCUUGAAGAAACUACCCUGAGGUCUAACAUUCCACUAAGACAAUCCAUAGAAGAAUGGAGAGAACUUAAUUAUUGUCUUGUUAUAAGGUCUAUCAAGGAAAAUCUGAUCACAAAUUAUGAUGUGCAUGAGUCUUUGAGCCUAAUUCAGGCCCUUAUGAGAGAAAAUUCAAUUAACAAGGAUUGGAUUUCUAUUGGAGGGGUAACGGAUGUUGUUAUCUCUAUCCUUGGAAACUCUAAUUAUAAAGAAGCCAAGUUGAAGAUUCUGAUUACUCUGAAGGAUGUUGUAGAGGGACAUGCAAGAAACAAGGAGAAGGUGGCUGAAUCUCAAGGAUGGGAUCAGAUUAUUUGCUGCUUAGGGGGUGAUUCUAGCACUUCAAAGGCAGCAAUCGAUCUGCUGUACGAGUUGCUUCAAGGGCGGUCCGGUUGGAACAAAAGCUUUUGCAAAAAACUCUCUGAGAAUCAGAAUGCAAUUCCUUUCCUUGUCACCUUUCUAAAGGGAUCAGACAACGAUUCAGCCGGGGCAGCAGAAAAGAUUUUGAUGGAAGUUUUCAAAAUAAAUGAGGAAAGUAUUACAACUGCUGCUAGAUUUGGCUGGUAUAAACCCCUCGUUGAUCGCAUGAUUCAAGAACCAGAUUCGAGACUAGGAAUGGCGAAAGGCAUAGUAAGCUUGGAGUUAAACCUGUUAGAGUUGAAAGAACUUGGUGAGGAAGGUGUUAUACCUCCUCUUCUAGAAAUGCUAUGUGGAAGCAUUGAAUCAAAGGACUUGUCACUAUCAGCACUGGUUAAACUAGCAGGAUGUCCUCCAAACAAGAGAAUAAUUGCAGAAUCUGGAGGUGUUCCUUUGAUUCUAGAUCUAACAUUCUCAACGCGGAUGAGGACAUUCAUUACUAUCAAAUGCUGCGAAAUCCUGGAGAAGCUUUCCUUUGAUGAAGAUGGAAUAGACUUGUUUGUUGACAGAGAAGGGAAUCAACUUGAGUUAGAUUCCAUCAUCACCAAUUUGCUAGCAUUGCAGCAGAGUUUCAACACUGGAUACAAUUUUCGCAAGCCUGCGCUGCGCGCUCUUUUAGGCAUUUGCAAGUUUGAGACUGAUUUAAUUAAGAAGGCAAUUCUUGCAGCCAAUAGUGUCUCUCUAAUUCUUCCACUUCUUGAUGACUCUGAUUCAGAAAUCCGAGAAACUGCAAUAAACUUGCUCUUUUUAUUCUCCCAGCACGAGCCGGAUGGAGUAGUUGAGUAUCUCUUCAGGCCUAGAAGGCUAGAAGCCUUGAUUGGUUUUCUUGAAAAUGAUGAGAAUGACAAUGUGAGGAUGGCUGCGGCCGGAUUACUUGCAAACCUGCCUAAAUCAGAAAGAGAACUCACUAUGAAGUUGAUUGAAUUAGGUGGACUUGAUGCUAUAAUAAGCAUAUUGAGAACUGGUACAAUGGAAGCCAAGGAAAAUGCUCUGAGUGCACUCUUUAGAUUCACUGAUCCUACAAAUAUCGAGUCGCAGCGCGAUCUUGUUAAACGAGGGAUAUAUCCUCUACUUGUCAACUUUCUCAACACUGGUUCUGUCACAGCAAAGGCAAGAGCAGCAGCAUUCAUUGCUGAUCUAUCAAUGAGCACUCCAAAGCUCACAAUUGUUUCUAAAUCGCCCAGCUGCUGGUUUUUCAAGUCGUCACGAGUUCCCUUAUGCUUGGCGCAUGGAAGCAUAUGCAGUGUUGCCACCACAUUCUGCCUUAUUGAAGCAAAUGCCUUACCUGGAUUGAUCAAAUUACUGCAUGGAGAGGUUCAUGCUACUGCUUAUGAAGCAAUUCAAACACUUUCCACAUUGGUUUUGGAGGAUUUUCCUCAGAGAGGAGCCAUAGUCCUGCAUAAGAACAAUGCAAUAACACCCUUGUUGGAGAUUCUGAAUUGGGGUUCUGAUUCUCUCAAAGCUGAAGCUCUAGGACUAUUAGAAAAGGUCUUUGUGUCAAAGGAAAUGGUGGAGUAUUAUGGAACAACAGCCAGGUUGAGGCUAAUUGGAAUCACUGGCAUGAAUAUCUAUGGAGAUGGCCACCUUAGAAGGAAGGCUGCUAAGGUACUAUCUUUGCUCGAGCGAUAUUCGAGGUCAUCGUCCUCUGCAAUCUCCGGUGUUCCGGAGUGAAAUUCAUUUGCCACUUGGUGUUUUGGAGGGAAAAUGUUGGAACAGAUAAAGGACUUCAGUUUACACUUCAAACUUUUCCUUUAUCUGAGUUCAUGUUACCUCAUUUUCUUUCUUGCAGUUUGUCUGUUUAUAAAUUUUCAAGUCCAUUAUGUGUAAUGUGUACUACAACUUAGAAAUCAAGGAACUUUUAUUUAAAAGUAAAUUCCUCAACUUGAAAAUUUUAAUUAGUCUCCAAAUUAAAUCUGCUAGAAGUGUAGAUGAUCAAAUGUGAUAUUUGUACUUUCCUC